AUGAAAACUGGUUGCAGUAUUGUGGAAAAGCCUAAAGGAGGGGGUGGUUAUCACUUCCCCGACUGGGCGUACAAGGCAGAGUCGAGCCCAGGCUCCCGUCAGAUCCAGCUGUGGCACUUCAUCUUGGAGCUGCUGCAGAAGGAAGAGUUUCGCCAUGUCAUCGCCUGGCAACAGGGAGAGUAUGGCGAGUUUGUCAUCAAGGAUCCUGAUGAAGUGGCCAGGCUGUGGGGCCGGCGGAAAUGUAAACCCCAGAUGAACUAUGACAAGCUGAGCCGGGCUCUCAGAUAUUAUUACAAUAAAAGGAUCCUGCAUAAAACAAAGGGGAAGAGGUUCACCUAUAAAUUCAACUUCAACAAACUGGUCAUGCCCAAUUAUCCUUUCAUCAACAUCAGACCAAAUGGUGCUGUUCCUCAGAGUGCUCCGCCAGUUCCUUCAGCUUCCUCCCACUUCCACUUUUCUUCUCUGGACUCCCCCAAUGAAGAUGCCCAUGUCAGUCGUUUCUCUGGGAGCUCCACAGCACAGUCCAGCCGUGAAUCCUUGAAUGAUAUUGGUGAACGCAAACAGAUGCCUUCAGACCCUGAGGACUUACACUCAGAAUGGCGCCGCAGCGCAGACCUGAUGUCCUCACGAAACACAAUUGGCCCUGGCACCCAUGGCCUCCAGAAGCAUAAAUCUGAUCUCAUGCUUCCAGUAUUCCCAAUGCCUGGAAUGUAUGCAGAUCCCCACAGUCCUUUUGCGGUCUCUCCUCUUCCUGGACGUGGAGGGUUACUUAAUGUGCCCAUCUCCCCUGCCUUGUCUUUGACUCCAACAGUCUUUUCUUACAGUCCCUCUCCUGGACUAAGCCCAGCUUUUCAGAGUGGCAGCUGCUUUAACUUCAACCCUGAAGAGAUGAAACACUACCUGCAAGCUCAGGCUUGCUCUGUACUUAACUACCAUCUAAGUCCACGGACUUUACCAAGAAUGCCCAGUUUUAUGAUGCCACCACCUCAGCGCCCUUAUCCUCCUGAGGAGCAGCCAGCAUUCCCUAUUAAGCUGCAGCCUCCCCCAAUGGGACGGAGGAAUAGGGAGCAGCCCCAAACUCCAGAGGCUAUGAUGAGACCUCUUCCUCCACAAGCUCCCUUGCCACCUGUGAAGGUGGAGCCCGUGUCCGACGACGAGCCAGACAAAGAAGAGUUUGAGAGUGAUGAAGAGAAACCAUCUCCAAGACCAGUUGCUGAGAAGGACAGGCAUACAUUUAUCAAACCCGCUGCCCCUUCCUGGCCAAAUUUCCCCACAGUUUCACUUCAAGUGAACUACCCCAAGGAGGGUACAGAACAACCAGCUGAGGCUGGAGACAAGGCAGUUAAGGAUACUUCCACUACUGUUGUGGUAGAAAAGAAGGAGGACUCUUUGCCCCCCAAAUUUCGCCUUAAACGUCUCUGGAACGGCGAACGACAAGCAGAGGGCAUUGAGGAACGAGAGUGCCGAAAAGUCAGCUGCAUCAUCAGUGGCUUGCGUGUCACUGACCUUCCAACUGAAACAAAGGCUGUAGCAGCCACUGAUCCUAGUACUGGAACAUGUAUUUUAUAUAAAUAUAUAUAUUUUUUUAUUUUGUAA